CAAAAUUAUGAACUUAGAGAAACUAACUCACAACUUAAUUGUGAAAUCGAAUCUCAAAUUUUAAAAUUUAAUAUCCAUAAAGAACAAGCAGAAGAAAAAGUUACAACAAAGCAAAUUAAAACAUUAGGCGCAAAGUUAAAUGAAUCUGAAUCAACAUUAGCUCUCAAAUAUAAACAAUGCGAAGAUUCAACAAAUAAAUGGUCAGGUUCUUGUUCCUCAAAUAGUUCAAGCUGUUACUCAAGUGACAAUGAUUCAUCUGGCAGCUCAGUUGUCUCAUCAAGUAAUGGUUCAAAUGAAUAUGUUGAUAGUUCAACAAAUAAAUGGUCAGGUUCUUGUUCCUUAGAUAGUUUAGGCUCUUACUCAAGCUUAAAUAGUGACAAUGAUUCAUCUGGUAGCUCAAUUGGCUCAUCAUAUCAAUCAUUUUUUGAUAACUUUGACAGUUCUUAA